AACAAUAAUAUAUUUGAUAGAUAUGAGACUUACAAAUUGUUGAGCUUCAAAGAGGACAGUUGGAGGAAUUACAAUCAAUUGUAUCCAUUCCCAAAGAGACAUAUAAUACUAAUACUCUACAGUCUAGCAAGAGAAUACAAGUUGAGUUCAAUCAAUGUACAUUAUGCUGUGUGUUUAUUACAGAGAUAUAUUGGAUUGAAGGAUAUCAACAAGAAGAUUGUUGCGACUCAGGCCCAAGAUGAGUUCAUGGAGGUCAUUAGCAACUAUUUGAGAAUACCAUUGGUUGAUGAGGUCGUGGCAUUGUUGCUCCAAUCAUACUUCCCUGGUGACGAGAGACUCAACAACAUAUGUCAACAAGUACUUGACUUUAUAUACUUGCAACCAAGAAACUUUCUCGAGCACUCAUUCACAUUGAUCGCACUAGGAGUGAUCUCUGUUGCCUAUGCAAUUAUGUUACGUACGACCACUGUCAAGCUUAUACGAUGGGGUAUGUAUAUCAUGUCAAGCUACAGAAUGUCCUCG